CGUAAUGUCUUAAUCUCAACUAAACUAUUUCGAAAGCAAUCUGGUAAUAUUUCUAACCUUUGGCAUAUAUAUCGUGAUAACAUAAAACAUUCUGUAUUAACAUUCAAUAACUAUAUAAUAUUCACCAUGUUGCCGUCUACAAAUGCUUCAAGAAUUAUUUACAAAAAAUGCCUGAGAAUUACGAAAAUAAGUUCAUCCUACAGUACAGUUACUAGUUCGAAAGAAGUGAUGGAUAGAGAGAAAAAGUACGCAGCACAUAAUUACCAUCCGUUACCUGUAGCUUUAUCCAAAGGCAAAGGUAUCUUCAUGUGGGAUGUAGAAGGAAAACAAUAUUUUGACUAUCUGAGCGGUUAUUCUGCUAACAAUUUUGGUCAUUGUCACCCAAGAAUAGUGAAAGCACUACAAGAUCAGAGUGCUGUUUUGCACCACACUUCCAGAGCAUUUUAUUCAAAUGUACUUGGAGAGUUUUCCAAAAUAAUUACGGAACUUUUCGGUUACGACAAAUUAUUACCUAUGAACACUGGUGUCGAAGCUGAUGAGACGGCGUGUAAAUUAUCAAGAAAAUGGGGUUACAAAAAGAAAAACAUACCAAAGAACAAAGCAAAAAUGAUAUUUGCAAAUGACAACUUUUGGGGAAGAUCGAUAGCAGCUAUUUCAGCAUCCACUGAUCCACUAAGUUAUGAAGGAUAUGGACCUUUCCUUCCCGGAUUCAGCUGCAUUCCAUACGAUGAUCUCACGGCACUUGAAAAAGCAUUUCAAGAUCCAAACGUAUGCGCUUUCAUGGUUGAACCAAUUCAAGGGGAAGCUGGUAUCAAAGUGCCGUCUGAAGGAUAUUUGAAAGGAGUGAGGGCACUCUGUACUAAAUACAAUGUUUUGUGGAUUGCUGAUGAAAUUCAGACUGGGCUGGGAAGGACAGGUAAAAGACUAGCUGUUGAUUAUGAGCAUGUCAAACCCGAUAUCCUUGUACUCGGAAAAGCACUUGGAGGAGGUGUUUAUCCCGUAUCGGGAUGCCUAGCUAACGAUGACGUGAUGCUAGUUAUGGAACCUGGUACCCAUGGUUCGACAUUUGGAGGUAAUCCACUUGGUUCUAAAGUUGCUAUUGCUGCUCUGGAAACCCUGGAAGAAGAAAAUUUAGCCGACAAUGCUUUCAAAAUGGGAGAGAUAUUCAGACAAACAUUAAGAGAAAAACUCAAUGAAGAAAUUGUUCUUGAAGUGCGAGGAAAAGGACUAUUGAAUGCAGUUGUAAUCAAUGGAGAACUAGCUGAUGCAUGGGAUAUAUGUUUGAAAAUGAAAGAGAAUGGCCUGUUAGCAAAGCAUACACAUGACGAUAUAAUCAGAUUCGCACCACCUCUGACUAUUAAUAAGGAUCAGCUUGAAGAAUCAAUGGACAUCAUUGUGAAGACAAUCAAUAGUCUUUCUAAAUGAAUUCAUCAAUCAUGGAAUUUUGCGAUAAUAUACGGCACACCGGACUUUUUUAACCCUGAUUUGGUCCAAUAAUGGGAUAAUUAUCUAGAUCUAGAGAAACAUGUUGUCUAGCUAAAAUAACCUAUUACCUCUAAGUUUGAUUUCAUUAGAUUAUCUGUUAUAGUCCGAGAUUUGAAAAUAUUCAAGUAUAUCAAAAGCAUUUUUAUAACUAAUGUUAUUGCAUUGAAUUCAGCGGUUUUCACUUUGUUGUUUUACAAAUAUAUAUUAUGUCUGCUCCAGAUCGGUUUUUGAUAAUGUGAUAAAAAUAAAAUACUGUUUCGAAA